AUGAAAGCCAAAGAGCCAACGAGCACCGGAGUCCAGUCUGUGCCAUAUCACGACUACUCAGACGAAGAAGAGGAAGAAGAAGAAGAGCCUGUGUUUGAGAUUCUCAGGAAAGCUGAGAAUAAUGUCUGGAUCGUCACCAGACAAGGAGACCCUCGCAAAGAACAGUAUCUUGCCAGUCCUAGCCCCUUCGGCGUUCGGCCACGCGGUAAUACUGCACAAAAUCGCCAGGAAGCUGGUGCGCUGAAGAGUCUUCUCUCGAACCACAAUCAAGCCCAUACAAUCCGCCAGGUUCUCAACCAUGAGAAUCUGAUCUCAAUCGCCGGUGUUAUGCAGUACCAGGUUUUCACCAGGCAACAAAUCCCUGAUACUGAAAGGAAUGACGUGCAGCUCCUCGUCUGGGAUUUCGCUGAUGCGGGCAAUCUUAGCGCCUUAUUUCGCCAUUAUCCUGUCGACCACUCAUCCUUCUACCUCCCCGAAUCCCUCUGCUGGCAUGUCCUCCGCUCCAUGAUUCGUGCGGUAACUUGGCUUCAUGAUGGGAAACGACUCGUGUACCGGCAUCAAAGUAGUGAUCCAGAAAGCCCUCUACUAAUCGACUGGCUGAAUGUCAACACGGACUGGUUCUCAAUCUUGCACCGGGCUAUCGAGCCCAAAAACAUUUGGUUCCAGCACCCACGCGGUACCGAGACCUAUGGCCAGUGUAAACUGGGCGAUUUCAGCACAGCUGCCGUUACAGGCCAUGCCGUCGAUGGCCGCAACGAUAAUAAGAAAAACGAUGCGCCGGAUGGCUCAUGUGGAAUAGCACUUGCUACAAGACAAGGACUCAAGCCACUAGAAACAGCUCGCGAAGCAUUGGAGGGCGACUUGAAUUUGGCUGCAAUGGGCGAGGGAGAUCGCCCGUACACGCUCAGAGACGAAAUUUGGUCGAUAGGUGCCACAGUACUCACCAUGAUGACAGGGCAGGCGCCUUCUCACUACUGCGAGCACUGCGGAUGCUGUCACGUUCGGUUUUGCGAAAGCGGUGGGUGCCUUGAGAAGAAAGCUGCUGCGAAAGGUUGCGAUUGUCUACUCGGAGGCUGCGAGCACAUACCUGAGGGUGAAGAAUGUGAGGACUCCAUUAGUCACUGGCCUACUUGUCCUCCUCGUCAUCAUUGCUCGGAGGUCCCUAUCAACAUUGAUUCGUUGAUUGCCCGAGCCCGGUACUCCAAGAUGUUGCGCACUCUGGUCAAGGAACUGCUCAACUUUGAUCCCAACGGACCCCAGAGGAAGACUGUUCGAUUCUUUCGGAUGUGGCAUUAUGCUAGUGCGAUUGAAGAAGUGUACAAGGAGUGGAAGACGGAGACUCAAGAGGGACAAGACUAUGUCGACAUUGAUGAUGACAUGGAGAGAAGAAUAAUGUUGGCAGACGAGGAGGAGGAGGAAUAA